AUGGGCCCCUGUACCGCCUCCUCAUGCUGCUGCCAGGCCCGUAAUCUGCCAUGGGCCCCCGUACCGACUCCUCAUGCUGCUGCCAGGCCCGUAAUCUGUCAUGGGCCCCUGUACCGCCUCCUCAUGCUGCUGCCAGGUCCAGAGUGUGUCAUGGGUCCCUGUACGGCCUCCCAUUGCUGCUGUCUCCAUCGCCACACUCUGCCAUGUGCCACUUUCAGGUCUCCUCACACUGCUGGUGGGUUCCAUUUUGUCAUAGGGUGCUGGCAGUUACGGGCCUCCCAUUGCUGCUGCCAGGCCCGUAAUCUGCCAUGGGCCCCCGUACCGACUCCUCAUGCUGCUGCCAGGCCCGUAAUCUGUCAUGGGCCCCUGUACCGCCUCCUCAUGCUGCUGCCA